CCUGCUAUCGUUAGUCUCAGUUCUCAGAGAGAUUCUGUACUGAUAGGCCCUCUCAGACUGGCGCGAUUAUACUCACAAAAUCACUUUCUAUUCGAAACCGCGCGGUGUCUACUGUGAGACACCUGAGCGGUUCCUCUCCGACUAUACCGGUUAUGGCACGGCUGGUGCUCCGCACACUAUUCUGGGAAUCAUCCUCCGGUGGGAGUCCUCCUUUAUCGCCCACGAUAGUACCUGACAGCUCUCAAGAUCUCCAGAUAAAACGAUCGCCCGUCACCAACUUCCCAGUGAGCAAUUCACCUUUCUUUGUCGGCUUGGUUGCGACCACCAAGACGGUCCGGGCGCCCUCCUUCCUAAGCGACCCCAUAAAACGGCAAGGCCGUCGCGAGGUGCCAUCCUUUGGCCUUUCGCCACUAGCCUACCCCUCGUCGCUUGGAAUUACGACUCCUCACUACUCAUCCUCUUGCCAAACACCAGGAGCGAGUCGACUGCCUGAAUUCUGAGCGCUAGUAACCGACUCACCCCUCCUUUCUCGGCAUUUUCGUGCCUGCUAUCCAUGAUACAGGACCUCUGGGUAAAAUGGCCCUGGCCAUCCGAUCAGGUGCCGCGCUCGCUUGGCG